AUGCUUAACACCACCUUUUCCUCUCAGGUGUCUCUCUCGCCACAUGGUGUCAAAGAAAACGGCGAUGGUGGCUUGUGCUCUUCAUCCCGACCGAGUUUGGAGGUGGCCGACAAUGAGAUAGAUGACGAUGACCAUGAAGUCAUAGAUGAUGACGGCGAAGUCAUGAAUGAUGACCACGAAGUCAUGGAUGAUGACGACGAAGUCAUGGAUGAUGCCAACGACAUCUAUGGAUCAAUAUCCCGAGCAUUCUCUGCCAAUCACCGAGAACAAACGCCAGAGCCAGAGGACCGUGGCCCAACGAACGCUUCCGCAGACCAAGCAUUCUUGAUGGCCCUGGAUCACAGCGCACCUACCCGCUAUACGUUCCCUGUGUUCGAGGGAGACACAGAGGGAACCAAGGAACAAACUGAAGAUGCAGAGAUGGGCGUAGAGGGCCUGUCACCCAACAUAGGCAGGAGCUUUGUUGUCUCCAUCCUCUGGGCCUCUCGUAAGGCGGCCUGGGACGAACACGAGAAGAACGCGCGCAAACGCAAACGCAAACGCAAGCAGAAUGCACCCUCCGGCUCGUGCACGGUCCUGCCGCCUGUAUCCCACCCCCCUACACCUCUGUUGCCUAUGUCGCGCUCCCCCAGCCCCCCCGCCAUUCAUUCUCGUGUCUACCCGCGAAGGGGCAUCCUCCGCAAAUCCAAACCGCUCCCCUCAGAUGUGGGUGACGUUUCCACUGACCCUCACGCGCUUGUAGCCAAGGACACGGACGACGGCGACCCAAUGCAUACGCAACACAAGGUACUCUUUCUCUACGAGAUGCUCGCGUGUGAGGCCCGCAGGGUAUGCAGGGAGCCUGCCUUUCCGAACCUUCAAUCGAAGGCGAGCGAGAACGAGGAUCUGUCAUUUGAGGACGAGGAUGAGGAUGAAGACGAAGAUGAAGACGAGAACCCUCACAAGCGCCAGAAGAUCGAGCACCCCCCCUCGCCGCCCCGCUGUGCUCAGGUGAGUUAUAACUUCCAGGGAAGGGGUUCAUGA